AUGGCUAAUUCCGUGGAAUCAACAAUGAUUAACUCCUCUAGAUUGGCUUGGCUUGACCCUUGUGUACGUGAGACAUGGCUGGAGAAUUCUCUACUGUCUAUUUGCUAUCUAUUGGGCAUGCUUGUGGGGGGUGUGGGAAAUAUCCUUGCUAUCUCUCUGUUUGUGAAAGAUCGCCAACCACGCUCUCCUUCUGACAUCUUCCUCCUACACCUCGCUUUGUCAGACCUAUUCUUGCUUCUCAGCCUGCCUAUACGUCUCUUCUACCACAUUUCAGGAAACCGCUGGCUUUUUGGCUCCUUACCAUGCCGAUUAGCUGGCUUUGUUUUCUACCUCAAUAUGUAUGCCAGCCUAUAUUUCCUGGCAGGGAUCAGCAUUGACAGGUACCUCGCUAUCGUACACCCUCUUAGCUCAGUCAAGUUUCGUAAACCUCUGCAUGCACAUGUAACCUGUGGCUUUCUCUGGACAAUUGUUUCUUUUGCAAUGGCACCUUUGCUUUUGGGUCGUGAUCAGGCUUUGGAGGAAGACAUUUGUCGUCUGUUGUAUCGUGAAACGCCAUCUUUGCGAGCAUUGGCAUCACUGUGUGCUGCUUUUACCAUCCCUUUCAUAAGCACAGUCACCUGCUAUGCACUUAUUUUAAAGCGUCUCAGAAAAGGUGGAGAUAGAAAAACCAAAGAGAAAGCAGUUAAGAUGGUGUUACUAGUACUUACAAUAUUCCUAAUCUGCUUUUUGCCAUAUCACCUUAGCCGGACUCUUUACCAUGUGCUAAUGCCAGGUGGAGGUGGUGAAUUUGCACUGUCAUCGUGUAAGCUGAGACAAAGUCUCGCACUAGCCAAUCGCUUUACCUCUUGUUUAAGUACCCUGAAUGCCGCUCUUGAUCCCCUGGUUUAUUUCUUUGCUGUGAAAAAGUUCCGUCAGAUCAUUUUGCAAUGGUCAUGCAGAUGCCAUAGUACAGCUGCUAAAAACCAAGAGGACGUCAGGACAGAGGAUAGCUCAUUGAGUGCCAAGACAGAGGUGUAAGCAGAUUCUUCUUAAGAGCUUUGUGACUGGAGCAAGCUGAAUUUAAAAAACAUUUUUUUUAAAGUAUUAUGCAAAAUAUCACAUGUAUUUAAUGAACUGUGGUUAAUUAUGCCAAUAAUUUUUACUGCAAUUUGUUUAACAACUUAUAGACUUACUUUUUU